CAAGCUUCGUCAUUCCGACGUGUGACAUGUGUAUGUCGUGCGGCGAUGUGCGGUGGUAAACAGAUAUGAUCUGAAUCUGCGCUAUAUCGCGAAGUAAUUGAUUAUUUUUCUCAUAAAGGUAACUACUAACCGCGCGGUGGAUUCCGACCAAACUUUGCGUAAUUGUAGGUGUAACUAAUAGCAUGACUCUGUUUUACGUUUGGCGAAUAAAUAUGCCCAACGGGUAGGAAUGCGUGCUCUUAUAUUACCAGACUGUCAUAUCUAUAACAAGAAAUAGUCGGCUGUGCGUAGCUGGGAAUCACAAGCUGUUCGCGCUUGUGAAUGUGAAGUCUAAAAAUCCACUGGUGCGACAAAGUACGCACCUCGUAAAUACUGCGUCGCUAUAGUCUCUCGUCAAAGUUUUCGAUUACUAACACUUGUUUACCGCGAUCAUGUUGGAGCCAGUUUUAAAGUUCAUUGCAGUUGCCCGCGAUACUUCUAUCUGACAGGUCAUAAGUAAAUAGAAAAGACGAUAAAAUCGGGAUUCUUGGGCUUGCUACGGAACCGUUCGCCUGUUUCUAGUUUUACAACUAUUGUCUCAUCGCUGUUUAGUAAUUGUGGAAAAAUGAGCUCCAAACCGACUACCCCUGGAAAGGUUACCCUGGGUAUGCUGAAGGGUAAACCGAUAAUGACCUCUGUGCCGGUGAUCCGGUAUCAUGCCAGUGACGAUGAACUUGAGGAGCUUUACCCAAGCACAGACGACGAAGAGUUAUACACUCCGGAGUCUGAGCAUCCGUCGACAAAAUCUAGUCCAUGUAAAACUAGUCGGAACAGAUCUGAGGAUGAAUUGGGAGAGGGCACUAGUCUGGGCAGGCGAUCGGCGAGCGUCGAUGGAAAUUUGUCGGAAGGCACGCCACCCACAGAUCCAUGGAAGAUGUUAUCUGAAAUCAAGGGGAAGAUAACAAAAACUUUUGAGGAAAAAAUUUCGGAGAUUAAAAGUGAGAGGAAAAAGAAAAAACGCAGAAGCAAAGAUAAUUCUAGUGUCAGUGAUUCCGAAGACUUGGCUGAUAUCACCCCGACUGAAGAUAAUCUUUCCGAACAACAGGAACUGGAGCCUUCGUCCCCUAUAAAAUUUUCUAAGAAUCGCUCUGCCAGAUUCACUGGAUUUUAUAACAUUAAGACUGGCCUGAAGACAAAAAAUUCUGAAGAGGAUAGUGUUGAGAGUGGAAUAGAGGCUGCGGAGCUUGCCGAGGAUGAUUCGUUGUCAAAAUCUAAUUUGGAUGACAAAAAUUUACAAGCUCUGGGAAGCUCGGAUGGUUGUAAAAAAUUACAAACACCUCUGAUCAGACUACCUUUGAAUGCUAUUGAAAAGCUUAUUCCACAACGAGUAAAGUCCGAACCUGCGUUGACUCAACUGUUUAAGAAGAUAAUUUACCAGCUUAUCAGCCUUCCAAUAAUACUUCUGGGCGCGUAUCACGUUAUUCCUUUACCUGAGUACAUUGUUGGUCUCAUUGCUGGAAUAUUUGUUACAAUCACGAUUCAAAGAGUGUUAGGUCUAGUAACUCAGACUUUAAUGACACCUCAGAAGAUCGAAGACGUUAGAAGCGGCGAAGAGCAGGUCUCUGUUUUGGAAAUACCUGCGGUGGAGGAGCAUGUCGUUGUGGAUCGAUUUGAAGGGUGGCUAAAUCAGCUGCCAUACAGCUACGAUCCCGACAAUUAUCAUGUUGCUCGAACAGUUUCUGUUUACUUCAGAUUGGAAGGGGGCAGCUUAAAGGUGAUGGAAACUAAGACGCGAAUACCAAAGCGUGAAGUUUGGGACGAGCCAAAACAGAAAGUUAGAUACAUUUGGAAGAAAGUCUACACGCUUGCUGAUGCCACAAUUAAAUUACUUCCGGAGGGGCUGAUAAGAAGAAGGAGGUGGAGUAAAAAGUAUCCAAUCUGUAUAACAUUCAGUAAGGAUGCUUUGAUCGAGAGUUCUUCUUUAAAUGAGACAUCUGAGGAUGAAAUCCUUCAAAAAAUUGGCGUUGAUGAAGAUGGCACUAUUCACGAAGAAGAUGAGACUGACGAAGAUCUGUCUAAGGAUUCAAAAGAAGCUAAAGAUGGUUUUGAAGAUUGCACCGACGAGAGUGGUCAGAGAUCAAAGAUGUACAUUUUUGCAAGAACAGACAGACAGAAGGAAGAUUGGUUUAGACGACUCAACGAUGCUGUCAACACAGCUAACAAGCGUGGGUCGCUCAGCUCUAUAAAUGAGAUAAUCCUGGCAACAACAUCGCCGACUGUACAAGGCAACAAUGAGAGUAAAAAUUCUGUCACUACAGUUGGAUCUUCAGAAAUUCCUCACGAACUGAGUUACAAUGCUUACAUGGCAAUGUACACAGAGAUGACCACUAAUGCGACAUCUGAUUCUGAGAAUCGAGAGAAGAGUAAUGUGAUUUGGAUGAAUGCUCUCGUUGGUAGAAUCCUCUAUGAUAUGCACAAAUGUCCAGAAACUAUAAGUUUGAUUCAAGAUAAAAUUCAGCGUAAAAUGUCAAACAUAAAACUGCCCUACUUCAUGGAAAGUCUUCUCGUGUCAGAGUUGGUAAUAGGCCAGGGCGCACCUGUGAUACACAAAGCUUCUCAGCCCGUGCUUGAUCAACGCGGUCUUUGGCUUGAUCUAGAUAUAUCUUACGAAGGGUGUCUUACGAUGACAACUGAGACGAAGGUCAAUCUCAUGAAACUCACAAGAGCAGGUUCGAUUUCUAGUAACGCCAGCGACCUGCCAGGAACCGAUAAGUUGAAACCAGCUCGAUCUCCCAUGUUUGAUAGUGACGUAGAAGAUAGCCCAGAGACAUCUACCGAAGAAGAAGAUAAUACACAUGUCACUGUGCCCAACACAUCUCGAGAUUCAACGCCACCUCAAUCGUCCGGUAGAAGGUUCCUGAAUAUGGUGGAUAAACUAGCCGCCAACAAAUAUUUUCAGCAUGCAACAGAGAUACGCUAUAUACGACGUGCAAUGGAGGGAUUUUCUAAUAAAGAGAUUCGACUGAUGGUCACAGUGUCCAGUAUAGAGGGAUGCCUCGUUUUGAAUAUACCACCGCCACCUUCGGACAGAUUAUGGUAUGGCUUUAAAACAGUUCCAAAAAUAAGUUUAACUGCAAAACCAGCGUUAGGUGAAAAGCCAGUCAAUCUAACUUACAUAACAAGUCUUAUUGAGAACAAAUUACUGAGGGAAUUUGAGAAGCUGGUAGUCCUUCCUAAUAUGGAUGACUUAGUGAUAUCUCUGUGUCCCAAUUAUCCGUAUGUCUCCUAAUGUCUUCACGAAAAAUGUGUGUGAGAACUUGAAAUUCUCGAGUAUUGCGACGAAUCUAGGUAAAUAUUACUGUAAAUAUUGAAAGAUUUUUAAGUAGCUGUCUAUAUGAACAGAGAUGGGAGGAAAGGGAAUCGCUAAAAAAACCGUUUCAACGAAUGAAUUUGAAUUUUUAUUGGAAAUUUUUCAAAAUAUUCCUCGCACUAACAAAAAGUGAACGUAAGUGCUACAUGUAAAGUUUUAUAUACAACGCCUAUUUUACUUAUAUUUUUCUCAUUAUUUGAAAACACAUUUACGAACUUUUUUAACGUAAUUCAAUUUUCUAGCUAUAAGGCGCUCUUUGAAUGUUCAACGAAAAGUUUCCAACAUUACCCAAUUGGUAAUACGAGAAGUUUUAUACCUCAGAUUUAAGCAAAAACUUUCAUAAAAAAUUUCUAUCAUUUCAUCUGCUCGAUAUGACAUUGUGUCAAAAAGUGUACAUGUCUUUCAAUAUGUAGAGUGAGAUUGAUUGUAGGAAUUGAAGGUAAAUUUUGAUACAAUGCAAUGCGUGUAAACACCUUGUUCAUAAUUGCGUCAGAUCAUCGCUUAAUUCUCUUGUUUAAAAUUUUACCAUUUUCUUUAUUCCCCUUCCACCAGAUAUGCUUCAGCUAUGAAUUUAGGUAUUUAUAAAUGAAAUUCUUUAUUGAAUUUAGAAGUUGUGUCUCUUAAGCUGCCGAUGUAGAGGAAGAUAAAGAAAAAAGCAAACAAAGAUAGGUUCAGAUUUGGUACAUCUGUGGCAGAAUGCGAUUAUUGAUGUCAUUAUUUCGAUUCAUAGGAGCCGUAGUGAUCGCAUGGUACUAGGAUAAAUAAUGUAGAUCAAUCCUUCAACUUGCUACGUUGAAAGAAUCUGCUGUAUUGAUUGUAGUUGAUUCCGUCAUCGGUUUCUGCUGAAAGGGAUAUUUAGUGAUUUAGUCUAUUCAAAUUGGCUGUUUCCAACUAAUUUUAAGAAAUUCGGCAUUUUUCCAAACAAAUGUUGAAAAUGAUCUGUUACAUUGAUUUUCUUGAUUGACUGUGAGUAGAGAGGUAUUGUUAUUUACAUUCUUUUAUAUCGAUCCAGCAAUUUUGAUUUCGUCAACAUACAAAUUGCAUAUCUUAUCCUUUCUUCUUGGUAGUUUGACAAACACGUAAUUAAUUAACGCUGAGUUCGAUAUGAGUGUUCAGAAUGUAGUUGAAAACAUAAUGAUGAAUAAGCAGGGUUACAAGUAAUUUGCGUUGCAAGAAACAACAGUAUUUCCAUAGUAUAUUUACAUACUGCUACAUGAAUAUCGAAAACCAUGCAAGUUGAGCUUUGUAAUUUACAAGGUAGAUUGAAGUUGAAACAAUUUUGGGCGUUACAGAAUUGACAUUAUUCAAUCUUGUCGACAGUAGUGUAUUGUAACGACCUUCCCUGCAUUCAGGUGCAAGAAAUGAAUAAUCCACUUUCAUAAUCCCGUGUUUAUCCUCUGUUAAUCACUGUAUGAUAAUAUUCUUUAUUCGUCAAACUGAAAUAAUAUGUGUUGAAUUAUUCUCCGUUUAUUUAUUCGCAUAUUCUAUUCUAUUUGACUUUAUUUUCAGUACUAUCUUAGUCACUGUUUCAUUGUAUUAAUUUGAAAAUUCACUUUGUUCGUGCGGAAACAUUUGCUAAAAAGUAUUACAUGUCUUCUCGUAGGUACUACUUUUUGUUAUUCCGUGUGUACUGAUUAGUUAUUAAUGACAUGUGAUAAUUUCUUAAAUUCAAAGGAUCAUGAAAUUUUAAUAAUAACAAAUAUUUAUGUGGUACGCAUGUGUAUGAAAAAUACCACUCAUUUAUUUCGAAGUACAUAAUUUCAUACUUUCGUAGCGUUACUCGGGAUCAAUUUAUUUUCCU